AUGAACGUGAAUAUAUCUGAUUAUCUUGCCUAUUUUAUAUUACAUGGGUUUCCUGCAUUUCAAUUUUGGCAAUGGAAUGUGUUUGGGAUUAUUCUGUUCAUGUACCUCCUAACCAUCACUGAAAACAUCAUCAUUAUAACUAUUGUACUGUCAGACAGCCUCCUCAAUAGCCCUAUGUAUUUUUUCAUUGGCAACUUGUCUUUCAUUGAAAUGCUGUAUACAUCUGUAACAAUUCCAAAACUACUAGCUCUUCUAAUUGGGAAAAGUAAAUCCAUAUCGCUAACUGGCUGUCUCACUCAGUUCUUUUUCUUCUUCUCCCUGGGGUCUGCUGAAUGUUUUCUUCUAGCAGUGAUGUCAUAUGACCGCUAUUGUGCAAUUUGCCACCCAUUGCUCUAUAAUGUUAUUAUGAAUAGACCUUUAUGUUGCUAUCUAGUCUUGGCUUGUUGGAUAGGGGGCUUCAUUCCAAACUUGUUUCCUACUGUUUUACUCAGUCAGCUACACUUCUGUGACAGAUAUAUUGAACAUUUCUUUUGUGAUCUUUCUCCUCUUUUACAGUUAUCAUGUUCCAAUACAAACAGGUUGCAGACUUUAAAUUUCCUAACAGCUUCUGCUAUUGUUGUGUUUUCUUUCUCUUUGACCCUUUGGACUUAUAUCCGAAUUAUAAUGACUAUACUAGCAAUUCCAUCCACAACUGGUAAAUUUAAGACUUUUUCCACGUGUGCUUCUCAUCUAACAGUUGUUACCAUAUUUUUUGGGACUGUGGCUUUUGUUUAUGUUAGACCAAGAGCUAGCAAAGAUUUUGAAUUAAAUAAAGUACUGUCUGUUGUUUAUAUAGUUCUAACACCUGUAGUUAACCCCCUUAUUUAUAGUUUUCGUAACAAAGAUGUAAAGACUACAAUAAAGAAACGUUUUCUUCAAGAACACCGACAACAACAUUAG